GUCGUCACCAACAACACCACCCUUCACGCUUCAUAAUAUGCCUUCUCUAGCGCAUCGCAUACACAAAGUCACCAUAUAGUCGCAGAGUAGCCUUCGUCACGAUCAAAGCUCCGAUUCGCAUCUCAUGGGCGUUUGCGCAUCAUGUCUGGGUCGUGAGCCCUCAGACUCCGAGGAAUCCGAUGCCUCGCACCUCCUUGCCGACGACCAACCACACUACGGCACCGUAAACAACGCACCACAACCCGACCCUGAGGAGAUUCGACGCGAGCGCGAAGCUCUGGAAAGGAUAUGCGCGCAGACAAAUGAACAGCUAAUACCCACCCACGCCCCCGAAGUCGCCGAGCAAGACGAAUACCAGCGCCUCUUCAACGACCGGUUCGCCUCGAUACGCAGACAGAAGAAGCCCGAAGAGCAGAAGACGGACGACACAGCCGACGAGUCCGAGUCGAGUUGGUUGGAGAGUGUUAUGGGAGAGGGAGGGGAAGAGGAAGAGGUGGAGAAGGUGAAGAAAACAAACGGGGGGUUGACGAUUAUGUUUGGGAAAUAGGCGUUCGAGGGGAAAGGGAGGAUGGAGCAAGAGGGCGGAGAGCAUGCAGUAAAUACCCCUAAUCGUUUUUUCUUCUCUUCUUUGGGGUGGGACUACCCGGAUCCCCUGGGCGAGCGUUUUGUUCGUUGCGUUCGUUGCCUUGGUCGACUUGGUUUGGUUCAGCGUCUCAUAUGUUAUCAUAGCAUUGCAUCGCGCUGUUUUUAGCAAUUGCAUCAUCAUACCUGUC